AACUGAACCAGCCCAGCCAAUCGGAGCGAGGACUGACAGGAACGACCCAAUCCUAGAGCGGGACUGAGGGUGGGGGCGGGGACAGUGGCCCGGGGUGGACUUGGGACUGGCGCUGUCCUGGGGGAGCUGGCUUGUGGAUGCUGCCGGUUCUCGUGCUGAAGUAGUACUGGGUCGUCAGACAGAGCACCCUCUCUCUGAGGGGAAAUCAUGAGCCGCUUCCUGAACGUGUUACGAAGCUGGCUGGUUAUGGUGUCCAUCAUAGCCAUGGGGAACACGCUCCAGAGCUUCCGAGACCACACCUUUCUCUAUGAGAAGCUCUACACUGGCAAGCCAAACCUUGUGAAUGGCCUCCAAGCCCGGACCUUUGGGAUCUGGACGCUGCUAUCGUCAGUGAUUCGCUGCCUCUGUGCCAUUGACAUCCACAACAAAACGAGCUUUCACCUACAUGACCUUGCCUCAGUCUCUCAGCAGCCCCUGGGGAGAGAAGACUCUACCACAUCACACUGUGGACAUUCUUCCUCGCCUUGGGACACUUCCUCUCGGAGUUGUUCGUAUAUGGAACAGCAGCUCCCACAGUUGGUGUGCUGGCACCCCUGAUGGUGGCAAGUCUCUCCAUCCUGGGUAUGCUGGUUGGGCUCCGGUAUCUAGAGGCAGAACCAGGCUCCAUGCAGAAGAAGAGAAACUGAAGCUGAGGCCAGCCUUGCCACCUCCAAAACAUCAUCGUCUUCCGCCUUGGCGGUCAUCGUUCUUCAUCCUCUGUCAUUAUAUUGUUUCUUUUCAGCUGUGUCCUUCGCUCCAUCUAGGUUCAGCAUCUUAAGCUUUUGGGGUUUUGGGUUUUUAAUGUUUUUAAAUAUUUAAGAUAUUCAUACAGAAAACUUAUGUAACAUGUACAUAUAAUUUAGAGUCAUCUAAGAAAUAUUCUGUUACAUUAAUCAAAGUUAUGAAAUCCUCAGAAGCCCCCCCACACACCCAUGUGCCCUCCCCUAGCAGGACCCCACCUCACCCCCCAGGCUCCCUUUUCCAGUCUUUCACUUUUUCCGUUUAUCGCCAUUCCUCGCUUUGACUGGUGUGGUGGGAAUAUGAACUGUGAAACUCAAGCUGCUGCCUGCCCAGAGCAGCUGCGACCAAGGGCUGCUUCCAGAGAUUGUCCACGCAUACAGACCUCCUUUCUGCUGCUGGACCCCAAGACUCUGACCCAUCCAAGGGACAGGCAGUUCUUCUGAGAAGGGCUGCCCUCCGUGUGAGCAGGACCAGGCUUCUCUUUUAUCUACAGCUGGAUAAAGGUUGGAAGAGUCUGGACUGCUUUUAGACCUUUCGGUCAGUUGUAUUUGUGUAAUGCAUUUUAUAAUAAAUGGAAGAACCUUC